AUGGGUUCAUCUUCCGCUUCUGGUAGAGAAGUUGAACAAAUGGUCUCUGAGCUUUCGUCCCCGGCUCACCCCUCAAGACCCUUGCUUCUCUGUCAGCUUCUUGUCUCGGAGUCUAUUCUAACUACCUCUCUGCGGGACAGACAGCUGGAGGAGCACUUUCCGAGUGCUUGGCCAGGGGUUCUUCAUAUAUCAAGAGAGGGUUCCCAGUAA